CGUCACUUCCUCCGUCCCUGGAAGCGGUUCCGGUGCUGCUGUAGCGGGUUGUAUGGUUCUGUGGUCCACGAGGUUUGUGAAGCUGUCACCAUGGAGACCAGACCGGGAGGACAGCCGCCAGCCAGGAAAAUGGCGACCCCUACAGUCACCCAGAUGAACGCCGAGUUCGUCACCCAGUUGGCAAAAUCAUACUGGGCUCCACAUUCAAAGAAAAAGCUGCCAUUUGAUCCAAAGGUGAUAGAAGAUGUUUACUCCAAAGAAAUUGUGAAGUCAAAGUUUGCAAUAAGGAAGAUAAUGCUGUUGGAGUUUAGCCAGUACCUUGAGAACUACUUGUGGGUGAAUUACUCUGCAGAAGUGUCCAGUAAAGCUUACGUGAUGUCUAUUUGCUGUAUGGUGAAUGAAAAAUUCCGUGAAAACGUUCCUGCUUGGGAGACUUUCAAGAAGAAGCCAGAACAUUUCCCCUUCUUCUUCAAGAGUAUAAUGGAGGCAUCAGUGGCAGAAGAAUCAAAAAGUGAUUACACGUUACAAGAGCGCACAAUUCUCCUCCUUUUUCUGGAUCACUGCUUCAACAGCCUAGAGGUUGACCUAAUUCGUGGACAAAUCCAGCAGCUCAUAUCCCUGCCCAUGUGGUCCUGUCUGCAGCCAGCUCGUCUGGAGCAGGAACUUAAAAAAAAACAAAAGCUUAGAAAGUUCUGGAACCUCAUUAAGAAGAAUGAUGACAAGAUGGACCCAAAGGCACAAGAGAUGGCCAAGCAGGAAAGAAUAUUUCUGCGGAAGCUUAUACAGAAGUUCUUAUCUGUGCUCACGUCAAUUCAAGCAACAGGUCCUGUCUCUUUGGAAAGAAUACACUAUUGUGAGCGCUUUAUAGAACUUAUGAUUGAUUUAGAGGCUUUACUUCCCACCCGCCGGUGGUUCAAUACAGUGCUGGAUGAUUCUCACCUAGUUGUACACUGCUAUUUAUCCAGUCUCUGCAAAACAGAGGAAGAAGGACAUUUGUUUUCUCAGCUUUUAGACAUGUUAAAGUUCUACGCUGGCUUUGAAAUUAAUGACCAGACUGGCAAUGCACUGACAGAAAAUGAAAUGACCACCAUUCACUAUGACCGAAUCACUUCUCUACAGAGAGCAGCAUUUGCACACUUCCCAGAACUUUGCAACUUUGCGCUUUCCAAUGUAGCAGCUGUGGAUACACGGGAAUCCCUUGUGAAGUUAUUUGGACCACUAAGUUCCAAUACUCUCCACCAGGUAGCAUCAUAUCUCUGCUUAUUGCCAGCUCUCUCUGAAGGAGAAGAGACCAAAUAUGACAAAGAGUUUCUCUUAGAGCUUCUGGUGUCCCGGCAUGAGCGUCGUAUUUCUCAAAUCCAGCAGCUGAACCAGAUGCCCUUGUAUCCCACAGAGAAGAUCAUAUGGGAUGAGAACAUUGUGCCCACAGAGUACUAUUCUGGGGAAGGGUGCCUGGCUCUGCCAAAGCUCAACCUGCAGUUUCUCACCCUUCAUGAUUAUCUUCUUCGCAACUUUAACCUUUUCCGCCUGGAGUCUACAUAUGAAAUUCGGCAAGACAUUGAGGAUGUUGUGUGCCGCAUGAAGCCAUGGCAAUCUGAAUAUGGCGGGAUUGUUUUUGGCGGCUGGGCGCGCAUGGCUCAACCCAUAGUGGCUUUCUCUGUUGUGGAAGUUGCCAAGCCAAACAUUGGUGAAAACUGGCCUACACGAGUAAGAGCUGAUGUUACCAUCAACCUGAAUGUCAGAAACCAGAUUAAAGACGAAUGGGAAGGUCUCCGCAAACAUGAUGUGUGCUUCUUGGUCACCCUGCGGCCCAUGUUGCUAUAUGGAACAAAGAUUGAUCGGAGGCAGUCUAUUGCGGAACAAACUGGGCUCAUGUAUGUACGAGGAUGUGAGAUUCAAGGCAUGCUGGAUGAGAAAGGGCGAGUCAUUGAAGAAGGGCCUGAACCUAAGCCCAAACUCAGAGGCGAUGCAAGAACCUACCGAGUGUUUCUAGAUCCCAAUCAGUAUCAGCAAGACAUGACAAACACUAUUCAGAAUGGAGGUGAAGAUGUGUAUGAAACCUUUAACCUGAUCAUGAGGAGGAAACCUAAAGAGAAUAACUUCAAGGCAGUAUUGGAGACAAUCCGAAAACUGAUGAAUACAGAUUGUGUAGUGCCUGAUUGGUUGCAUGACAUUAUCUUAGGAUAUGGAGAUCCAGGAAGUGCACAAUACUCAAAGAUGCCCAAUCAGAUUCCAACACUGGAUUUUAAUGACACUUUUUUGAGCCUGGACCAUCUGAAGGCUUGUUUCCCUGGGCACCAGGUGAAGGUGACUGUGGAAGAUCCAUCUUUGCACAAAGCCCCUUUCAGGAUUACAUUUCCUGUGUGUGGUGGAAAAGGAAAGAAAAGAAAAGAAAGCAGUGAUGAAGAAUCUGCAGAAGAAGAGACGCCCACAUUAAUUGUGGAACCUCAUGUCAUCCCUAACCGUGGCCCAUACCCCUACAACCAACCCAAACGGAAUACCAUCCAGUUCACUGCAACACAAACAGAAGCUAUUCGUGCAGGAAUGCAACCCGGCCUGACCAUGGUUGUUGGCCCCCCUGGCACAGGUAAAACUGAUGUGGCCGUGCAGAUCAUUUCCAAUCUCUACCACAAUUUUCCAGAGCAGAGGACCCUUAUAGUCACUCAUUCCAACCAGGCCCUAAACCAGCUGUUUGAGAAGAUUAUGGCCCUAGAUAUUGACGAGAGGCACCUCCUGCGUCUGGGACACGGUGAGGAAGCGCUGGAGACUGAGAAGGAUUUUAGCAGGUAUGGAAGAGUCAAUUAUGUGUUAUCACGACGGCUGGAGCUGCUUAAAGAAGUGGGGCGUCUGCAGGAGAGCUUAGGAGUCCCUGGAGAUGUGUCCUAUACCUGUGAGACGGCCGGACAUUUCUUUUUGUAUCAGAUAAUGUCACGAUGGGAGGCUUACCAGAGCAAAGUGAAAACCAAAUCCACUCAAACUCCUGACACGAGUGAUAUCUCCAGGCUAUUCCCUUUCCAUCAGUACUUCUCCAAUGCCCCUCAGCCUAUCUUCAAAGGCCGAACCUAUGAGGAAGACAUGGAAAUUGCAGAAGGUUGUUUCAGGCACGUUAAGAAGAUAUUUACUCAGCUAGAGGAAUUUCGGGCUUUUGAAUUGUUGCGCAGUGGACUGGAUCGCUCAAAAUACCUUCUUGUGAAGGAAGCAAAGAUCAUAGCUAUGACUUGCACCCAUGCAGCUCUUAAACGCCAUGACCUAGUAGACCUGGGAUUCAAGUACGAUAACAUCCUGAUGGAAGAAGCUGCUCAGAUUCUUGAAAUUGAGACCUUCAUCCCCCUCCUCCUGCAGAAUCCAGAGGAUGGUUUUAGUCGGUUGAAACGUUGGAUCAUGAUUGGAGACCACCACCAGCUGCCACCUGUCAUCAAGAAUAUGGCCUUUCAGAAAUACUCCAACAUGGAGCAGUCACUCUUUACUAGGUUUGUGCGGCUAGGGGUGCCAACUGUUGACCUUGAUGCCCAAGGAAGAGCCAGAGCCAGCUUGUGCAAUCUGUAUAAUUGGCGCUAUAAGAGUCUGGGGAAUCUGCCUCAUGUGCAGUUGCUGCCAGAGUUUAGAACUGCCAAUGCUGGCUUGCUAUACGACUGCCAGCUUAUAAAUGUAGAUGAUUUUAAUGGAAUCGGAGAGUCUGAACCCAACCCAUACUUCUACCAGAAUCUGGCUGAAGCAGAGUAUGCAGUAGCUUUGUUUAUGUAUAUGCGACUGCUUGGAUAUUCCGCCAAUCGGAUCAGUAUCCUAACCACAUACAAUGGACAAAAGCACUUGAUCCGUGACAUCAUCAACCAGCGCUGCGGCAACAACCCUGUUAUAGGACAGCCAAGUAAGGUCACAACCGUGGAUCGGUUCCAGGGACAACAGAAUGACUAUAUCAUCCUGUCACUUGUCAGAACCAAAGCUGUGGGUCACCUGAGGGAUGUCAGACGCUUAGUGGUAGCAAUGUCCAGAGCCCGGCUUGGUCUGUACAUAUUCGCUCGAGUCUCUCUCUUCCAGAACUGCUUUGAAUUGACCCCUGCAUUCAAUCAGCUUACUGCUCGUCCACUCCGACUGCACAUUUUACCCAAUGAGUCCUUCCCAACACAGAGGAUGAAUGGUGAGAUGCCACGUUACCCAGCCCAGGUUAUUAAAAACAUGCCAGAGAUGGCUAUGUUUGUGUAUGAUAUGUAUUUGCACAUGAUGCGCACCAGUCAGCAGUACCAACACCGCCAGGGUCUUUUGCCACCACCCACUGCCACAAACAGAACCAACCUUGCAGCAGCAUAUGAUGAGGAGAUGGAAGUGGAAGAGCAAAUGUCACAAGGGACUGAUGGAGGGAAGAUGGUGACACAAGCAAAAGAAACAGAAUUGCCCCCAGAUACUGUGAGCAGAGUAGGGUCUGGACCAGGCAGACUUUCUGCUGAGGCUGACAAGGAUGGCAAAGAAGCCACUGGCAAGGCAUUAGCCGAUGAUUCCAAGAAAGAACCAGAAGUGCAGAGUGUUGAUGUCCAGUUUAAACACAACAUAGGAGAGAAACCGUCACAAUUACAGGACACAAUACCUGAGACCGGAUCUGAGGUGAGGGAGCCAAUACCUGAGACCGGAUCUGAGGUGAGGGAGCCAAUACCUGAGACCGGAUCUGAGGUGAGGGAGCCAAUACCUGAGACCGGAUCUGAGGUGAGGGAGCCAAUACCUGAGACCGGAUCUGAGGUGAGGGAGCCAAUACCUGAGACCGGAUCUGAGGUGAGGGAGCCAAUACCUGAGACCUCAUCUGAGGUGAGGGAGCCAAUACCUGAGACCUCAUCUGAGGUGAUGGAGGCAGUGCCCCAAACAGAGCUGAAGUCAAUGGAAACUGAAGAAGCAAAUGACCAAGUGGACAGCAAUAAUAGUCAACCCACAGAGGAAGAUGUAGAACAUAAGAAAAUGCCGGACCAUCCUGGGAGAGACAGUGACAGUGAAUACAGUGAGAAUGAGGGGGCAGAAGACUAGUUUAGUAUUUUAAACCCAUCUUCCAGAGCUAUAAGAUUUCCAAUGGGAACGUGUGGUCACAGUCUAUGUACAUUUUCUUAAGGACAUCUUUACUACAAGGACAGGAUAGCUGUAGACACGCUGGCAUUUUGGGUUUAUACUAUAUAAUCUGCACUAUUUAUUGUUCUAUUCUGUCCCCAUUUAUAGUCAAGAAAAACUUUUUCACAGUGUAUAAUUGGCAGUGAAAGACAAUGGUAGAUUGUCAGACUGCUGCAGAUAUGGGCUGUGGGAUUUCUUGGUAUGUGGAUUCGACUCUCAUCUCCUUAAAGCAGUGGGCAUACUCCCAGCUUGUGUUCCGGAAGAACGCAGCUUAUAAAUAAGCAGUACGACACACUGUGUACAAAUAUUUGCAAGAGGAUACCGUGCCUUACUGCUAGUCCUUUUUUUUCCUCCCAAAAAUUGAGUGUAGGCUGUAUAAUCCAUGAAUGUUGCAGGGAAUGGGGAGGUUUUUGUUGUACACUGAAUUUCCUAAGAUCGACUCGAAUGAUGAAAACAUUUUUGUAAACUUUUGUUUUAUUAAAAAAAAAAAAAAAUGCUUGUUUCUAAUUGUGUUUAAA